AUGAUUCCCAGAGGCUCAAGGCAAGAUAUAAUUCAGUCUUCUAUUAAUUCUUCAUAUUUGUGGCAUAACUAUAAGGUUUUGAAGCUUACAAAAAAUAUGAGAUUGUCACUAGGUGAAAAUAACAACAUACAAGAACUCAGAAAUUUUGCAGAAUGGCUACUCAAAAUUGGUGAUGAUUUAGCUGGUGAUACAACAGAUGGUGAAUCGAUCGUUCAUAUACCAUCUGACAUUUUGAUUAAGAACUCUGAGAUAGCUUUGGAUGACCUCAUUAAUUUCGUGUAUCCAGAUAUGCUAUCCAAUUUAUCCGUUGAAAAUUAUUUCAAGGAUAGAGCAAUUCUUGCACCAACUUUGGAUUGUGUCACUAAUGUCAACAACAAGAUGAUUGCAGGGUUACUUGGACAAGAAAGAGUCUACUUAAGUUCAGACUGUGUGUGUGCUGAAGAGGGAAAUAUGGAAUUUGAGUUAGAUGCUUUCUCGCCGGAGAUUUUAAAUGGAAUAAAUUGUUCAGGUCUACUACCACACAAGUUGGUUCUGAAGGUUGGCGCUCCUGUUAUGUUGCUGCGAAAUAUAGACCAAACUAAUGGUUUGUGCAAUGGAACGAGGAUGCAAGUUAGAAGAAUGGGAAAUAUGGUGUUAGAAUGCAAGACUUUAACUGGUAACAAAGCUGGAAGUAUUGUUCUUAUUCAAAGACUGAAUCUAAUUCCAAAUAAUGAAACAUUGCCGGUCAUGUUUCAAAGAAGACAAUUCCCAAUUAUCAUGUCAUUUGCAAUGACAAUAAAUAUGUCCUAG